UUGAAUGACACUUGAAUGUUUUGCCUUUUACUGUAAAGUGGCAGUGCAGACUUCAGAUGCAGAAUGACGUUCUUGGUAAUCGUUGAUUAUAUCGAAUAGGUUGGUGUCAGUGAUAAUUGUUUCGGAAUGUGGAAAAUCUCAAUUUCAUUUUGUAUAUCGAUGUUGUGUGCAUCAAGUGCAGCUGUUUUAGCAGAAGAUGAAUGGUGGGAGAAUGGACAUUUCUAUCACAUUUAUGCUCGUUCAUUUCAAGACAGUGAUAACGAUGGGAUAGGCGAUCUGAAUGGAAUCACAUCACGACUUGCCUACCUCAAGUUCAUUGGCGUUACUGGAGUGUGGCUCAGUCCUAUUUUUAAAUCUCCAAUGGUAGAUUUCGGGUACGACAUCUCAGACUUCAAAGUAAUUCAACCCGAAUAUGGGACAAUGGAAGAUUUGGAAGUGUUGAUUCACCGAUGCAAAGAAUUGGACAUAAAAUUGCUUUUAGAUUUUGUUCCGAAUCAUUGUUCGUCCGAACACGAAUGGUUUAAAAAGGCUAUCGAUCCGCAUGACUCAGACCAAAACAAAUACAAAGAUUUCUUCAUCUGGCACAAAGGGAAAUUACUGGAAAAUGGUACUCGCGUUCCACCAAACAAUUGGCUUAGUGUAUUCCGUGGCAGUACCUGGGAAUGGGUUGAAACCAUGCAAGCAUACUACUUGCAUCAAUUUUUAGAGGUGCAACCCGACUUGAAUUAUCGAAAUCCGAAUGUGGUGGAAGAAAUGGCAGACGUGAUACGAUUUUGGUUACGGAAAGGUGUAAGCGGAUUCCGAGUUGAUGCAGUCCCCUUUAUUUUCGAAGCUGAACCCGAUACUGAUGGCAAUUAUGCGGAUGAACCACCAAGUGGAAAAUGUCUGGAUGAUCCAUUGGCUCAUUGUUAUUUGAACAACACUCAAACUGAGGAUCUUGAUGAAACCUACGAUGUGAUUUAUCAAUGGCGAAAGAUUUUGGAAGAAAAAGAAUUUGCUGGUCAGACGAGAAUUCUGAUGUCAGAAGGAUACACAACACUCUCAAACGUCAUGAGAUACUAUGGCCAAAUUGAAAAUGGAGCCGUCGUCGAGGGAAAAUAUGGUGUUCAAGUUCCAUUCAAUUUUUUACUUCAAACGAGUACGCAACUAGAUACAAAAGCCAGUGAAUAUAAGUUCAUUAUUGACGAAUGGAUGAGCAGCAUGCCGAAGGGAAAUAAAAUUCAAGCAAAUUGGGUUUUGGGAAAUCAUGACAACAAAAGAAUCGCCUCAAAGUACCGUCCCAGUCGAAUUGAUCUAUUCAACAUUUUGUUGAAAACUCUACCUGGUAUCACAGUCACAUACUAUGGCGAAGAAAUUGGAAUGACAAACGUAUGGAUCUCAUGGAAUGAAACAGUCGAUCCACAAGCUUGUCGAACCGACCCAGAUCGAUACGGUGAAUGGUCUCGUGAUCCAGUUAGAUCACCAUUCCAAUGGGAUAGUAGCAAGAAUUCUGGGUUCAGUUCAGCUGACAAAACAUGGCUUCCCGUUGCCGACAAUUUCACUUAUUGCAAUGUCCAACAGCAACUCAGAGAGUCGCAAAGUCAUUUGAAAGUUUUCAAUCGUUUAAUGGAGUUGCGAAAACGGCCAACUAUGAAAUACGGUGAUCUCGAAAUCAAAGCAGUCGACGAGGAGUUGCUUGUAUAUAAGAGACAAAUAACUGAUGAUCCGGAUGCUGAUAUUGUGAUCGUUGUACUGAACCUAGAAGGAAAUUCUAAAAUUAUUGAUUUGGGUGAACUAUUCAAUGGUCUUCCUAAGCAAAUGAAGGUUGUUGUGACUUCGAUUCAUUCACCAUUCGAACCUGGUAUGGAUGUGGAAACGAGUGAAGUCGUCAUUUCGCCUGAAGAUGGGAUUGUACUCGUCGGGAACACACGAAGAUAUUUCGUACGUCGUACGACAACUCUACCGCCACCCUCUGCAUGCUCAAAUCGUCUUUCGACUAGCCAAUGGCUACUAGCUCAUCCCCCAUCCAGCUGCCCACGUCGUCUUCCUCUUUUAUAGAGAAUUCACGUCAAGAUUCACAGGUGAAGUGAUUGAGGAUCAGUGGAAAACAUAGUUGCUUUAGAUUACUUGUGCACUUAGGAAAAGAAAUCAUAAAACUA